ACGACAUCAGAGCGCGCCGCCACUGUCGUCGCCGCCAUGAACAGCGUAGGGGAGGCCUGUACUGACAUGAAGCGCGAGUACGACCAGUGCUUUAACCGCUGGUUUGCCGAGAAGUUCCUCAAGGGGGACGGCUCCGGGGACCCGUGCACCGACCUCUUCAAGCGCUACCAGCAGUGCGUUCAGAAAGCAAUAAAGGAGAAGGAGAUACCUAUUGAAGGACUGGAAUUCAUGGGCCAUGGCAAAGAAAAGCCUGAAAGCUCUUCUUGACCUUGACAGUCACCUUGAAAAUGGACUCCUCGAAUCAGGAAACAGAGGACUCUGGAUUUCAUCAGUUAAGGCUGUGAAAAUAGCCAUCGAUUUGAUGAGUUUAAGAGGGAGGAGUUUUCUUUCCUCCUUAAUUUCCUCUCACUUGUAAAAGAGGACGAACCGUCACUCUUUGCUUUGAGAUGAUUUCUCACUUACUCUGGCAUCUUGCUGAACUUUGUGUGCUAAAACAAUGAUUUCUUGGGAUUAUGGUUGCAGUACUUGGUCUGGGAUCAGCUUUAAGUAUCCUUUGUAUGUGAACACUGAUAGACUUGUCAGGAUGAUCAGGGUUGCUCUGAAGGACAUUAGGUACAUUGUAUUGGGGUUAUUCAUGGAAGCAGUCGGUUAGGAUCUCUUUGCUCUCAGGGAGCUAAUGCUCUGAAAAGGGUUCCCAGCACAAGUUUUAAUCAAUGCUUGGGAGCACGGCUUUAUUUUUAUAUAAUAACUGUCAAGAUUGCUGAUGGACUGGGUUAGCCAAGAGGAAAAUAGCUUUAACAGAGUUCCCUGCCUUAAGAAGAGAUGUCAGAUUUCAGAUUAAGAUGUGAAAGCUUGAAGAGUGUUGCAGUAAAAACCGUUUCAGAGCUCAUAGUGUAGUUUAGGGAUUAAGAUUCUUGGAGUAACUAUGGAGGAACAUCCUAAAUUGCAAAGAUUUGCUGUUGCCAGCCUUCAACCCGAGUCAGUUAAGCCAACUUGUAUCAUCAUAAAACUGCCAAAAUGCUGCAUCUGGUUAAAGGGGAAAAGAGUUUGCUUUAUUUGCCUUGUCUACCCACCCUGCCCUGUAAUGUGUGUAAUCAUGAAAAUGGAGUAAAUUGUAACCUCUAGUUUCAUUAUUUGCCCCCUGGAGAACCCAGGGCACUUUAUGGAACAGCCAUUACACUGUAACCACACAUAUCCCAUAUAUACACUAAGGGAGGGUUUUGGGGUUUUUUAUAAUUUACAGGUGAAAAAUGAAGAUUUAUCUAAGCUAAAUAGUGUGCUAUAACAGUUAGAAACCUCACUGAUUAUCUAAAGUUUAUUCCCACAGUAAGGUACACAAGUAACUACCAUGCUUAUAUAACUGCACAAAAAAAAUGCCAGGAUCAGGUGAGCAUUUACAUACUUUGGAAUGUCAGGCUAUCACCAAAAUUGCACCUACUGAGUAAUUUGGUUCACAUAUAUAUACCCAAUAGUAUGAAACAGUUUACAGAAGGCAAAGAUUCUAUUAUCCUAUUCAGUUUACCAAUGACUACUUUGUAUUUAACAUGACCAGUCCUUAACGUCAUGUCACGACAUUCUACAUUUAUAUUUUGACUGGUUACAGUCCAUUAUACAAGGAUUAGAAGAGAUCAUUGGAACCCAGUUGAGGGAUGCCUGGCAGCAAGCCAAAGUUAAGUACAUCUUCUGACCUCAGCCUGGCCGCAGGCACAACACUUCCAGACUGAUUUGGAAGCACAUGCACAGGCUGUGGUUAGAUCACUAAAUGGUAAAGAUAGCAGGGAUCCUUUUUUCCCGACUGUAAAUGGCUUUCAUGCCUUGUGUUCCCAUAUGCCUCACCUCUGUGGUACUAGUUUACUCUGUGUACUAUGCAAUACCAAAACCUGGUAGCCUCUUGAAUCUUACUACAAAACUGUCUGGUUGAGCCUUAAGAAUAAAACCAGCUCCAAGCCAACCACGUUCUUUUAUUGUAAUUGCUACUGCGGGAAUAAUUUUUUCUGAUUGUUCUUCAUUCUUCUUUGGCUUUAUCCACUCCAUAAAGUGACUCCAACUAUCUCGGCUACUUCAAAGAUUUUAAAUUUUGGAGAAGAAUUAAUUGCUUUUUAAGGGUGACUUUGUUACUAUUGUUUCUCCUUAAUUCUUAAUGCUACAGGAAGGUUUUAAUUCCAGAAACAAAUAAAGCCAAUGGUAUAUACAGAAA